GAGGCCUCGGGGAGGGCCCUGCCCGCGGCGCUGGCUCCUGCCGCGGGGCGCGGGGCCCUCGGGGAGCCGGAGGGCCGGGGGCUGCGCCGCGGGAGGCGAUCGGCCCCGGCGGGAUGGCCCUGGUCCCCUACGAGGAGAGAGCUGGCUGGGGAGCGCGGCAGCUGCACAGCCCCUCGGCCAGCUACCGCUUCGCCAGCCGCACCAUCCGGCUCCGGCAGGACUGGCGGCAGCUGGGGGUGGCGGCCGUGGUCUGGGAUGCGGCUGUUGUCCUGUGUACUUUCUUGGAGAGUGGAGGCAUUGAUCUCAGGGAUCGGUCUGUGAUUGAGCUGGGAGCUGGAACUGGAUUGCUGGGAAUAGUGGCCACGUUAUUAGGUGCUCGUGUUACCAUCACAGACCGGGCAGUAGCACUGGAGUUCCUGGAGUCAAACGUACAAGCUAACUUACCUUCUGCACUACGUCCAAGAGCUGUGGUGAAGGAACUGACUUGGGGAAAAGACCUGGAUAACUUCCCUCCAGGAGCAUUUGACUUCAUCCUGGGUGCAGACAUCGUUUAUCUGGAAGAAACCUUUGCAGAACUGCUCCAGACACUGGAGCACCUGUGCUCAGAGAGAACUGUGAUUCUUCUUUCCUGUCGCAUCCGCUAUGAAAGGGAUCACAAAUUCUUGAAGAUGCUGGGGGGCCGUUUCUCUGUGUAUGAGGUCCACUAUGAUUCCAGUAAGGAUGUUCAUAUCUAUAAAGCACAGAGGGGUAGUCACAAGGAUGACUUUUGACUGUAUGCUUUGCUAGUAAAACCACUGAUGCUGUUCAAUCCUCUCUUUGUUUCUACUCAAUACACUUGUCUCUAAGCGUGUAAUUGCAUGUAAUUGUGUUAUUUCAUUGGCUUCUUGUUCUAAUGGUCUUGUUUGAUUACAUGUUCUGAUACAGCAAGGAUUGUACUUCUGCAUAUUGAACCUCUGCUUCAUUUCUCAGUAGAGUUGUAGAGGGUUUCCCACUGACUUUUUAUCAAAUGUAGUUUUUGAAAUUAUUUAAAAGUUACAGAAAACUCCAGGGAUUCCUGGAGUCAUCAAAAGAUUUUUGUUUAAAAUCAAACCACACUUAGUUUCUGUGCGAAACUUAGAAAUAUAUUAUAGUGUUGUUUUUUUUCUCUUUAUUAUUUCCUUAACUCUAGAAAAGUGGAAUAAAUAUAAGCUUAGACUCCA